UUCCUUUCUAUAUAUCUUACUUUCUCUCUCUCUCUCUCACCAUCCCAUUCAUUCCUAAACGGUGGAGCCGCGAGAUCCCCACGAAAAAUGGGGUUAAAGAAAUCUGAAUCAUUAACCUUAAUGCUAAUCUAUUUGGCCGGAAUCAUGGAACGGGCCGACGAAUCACUACUCCCCGGCGUUUAUAAGGAAGUUGGCGCCGCCCUUCACGCCGAUCCAACUAAACUCGGAUCUCUAACUCUCUUCAGAUCCAUAGUACAAUCGUCUUGCUACCCACUUGCUGCUUAUCUAUCCGUCCGUCAUAAUCGCGCCCAUAUAAUCGCCCUCGGCGCAUUUCUCUGGGCCGCCGCCACUUUCCUCGUCGGCUUUUCCACCACUUUUCUCCAGGUUGCAAUAUCAAGAGGUUUAAAUGGUAUAGGAUUAGCACUUGUUAUACCUGCAAUUCAAUCUCUUGUAGCAGAUUCCACCGACGAAACCAAUCGCGGAGCGGCUUUUGGCUGGUUGCAACUAACAGGAAACUUCGGUUCUGUAAUUGGUGGUAUUUCAUCUAUCCUUAUUGCAUCAACUUCAUUCAUGGGAAUAGCAGGUUGGAGGAUAGCUUUUCAUCUGGUCGGAAUAAUCAGUGUUAUUGUCGGAAUAUUGGUUCGUUUAUUCGCCGACGAUCCCCUCUAUUCAAAUUCUAAGAAAAUCCCGAGUCAAUCGUUCUUAUCUGAACUGAAGGAUCUUCUUAAAGAAGCAAAGUCGGUUAUGAGAGUACCUUCAUUUCAAAUCAUUGUUGCCCAAGGUGUUGCCGGUUCAUUUCCUUGGUCGGCUUUGUCAUUCGCACCCAUGUGGUUGGAACUCAUUGGAUUCUCGCAUCAGACGGUGGCGAUUCUUUGGUCACUUUUUGCAGUCGCCGGUUCCAUCGGUGGACUUUUCGGCGGUUACAUGGGGGAUUAUCUGGGUCAACGAUUUCCUAAUACAGGGAGAAUCCUUCUUUCACAGAUUAGUUCAUUUUCCGCCAUCCCAUUAGCUGCAAUUCUUCUUUUGGUUCUUCCUUAUGAUUCAUCAACAGCAUUCAUUCACGGGUUUGUUUUAGUCAUUAUGGGCUUAUUCAUAUCCUGGAAUGCUCCUGCUACAAACGGUCCCAUAUUUGCAGAGAUUGUUCCAGAAAGAUCUCGGACAAGCAUAUACGCAUUAGACAGAUCUUUCGAGACGGUUUUAGCUUCGUUUGCUCCUCCUGUUGUGGGGAUUCUUUCUCAGCAUGUAUUUGGGUUCAAACCGUUGAAAACAGGGGCUACAGGAUUGGAAGAGAUCCAAACCGAUAGAGAAAAUGCAGCAUCGCUGGCGAAAGCACUUUACGCGGCAAUUGGGAUUCCAAUUGGGAUGUGUUGUCUCAUUUACUCGUUCCUUUAUUGCACUUAUCCGAGAGAUAGGGAGCGUGUGAGAAUGCAGGCAUUGAUUGAGUCUGAGAUGGGAAAAAUUGGGGAAAGUGAGAAUGAUGAUCUUGUUGUUCUUGGCGAGACGGAGGUUCUUCAGAAGAAGGAAUGGAGCGUGAUUGAAUUGGAAUACAGAGGAGUAGGGGAAGAGGAAGAGUUUGACGAGAACGAUGAAAGGAAGUUGCUUUCUUCUUCUCAUCAUCAUCAAAAAACUGUCUCAGAAUGAUGUUUUUUUUUAUAGUAAGUUAACAAACACACAGGGAAUCCAUUUUGGGUUUUAUUAUAGGAAGGAAAGGGAUUAUUUUUGUCAUUAGUUGUUGUCUCAUGUUGAUAGAUUAUAUACAAUACAAGAGGUACAUUCGAUUCCAAUUGUUUAGGAAUCGUGAAAUGAAUACAUAAAUUUUCAAUUU